UUGCAUUUGAUGUGCUAAGCAAUUUUCUAUAACAUUAAAAAUAGCACAACUAUAUUUAUGUAGGUCAAAUAUAUCAAUUUUCCAUAACUUAUUGGGAUGCAUGAACCAACACACACCCCGUAAGAUGGUCUAUAAGAACACAACAUACCCAACAUCUUACGAAACAGAGCUUGUAAAAUGGCAAAACCUUUUUCUAAUGAAUCUAGUGCAGUCACCAUCCUCUCAAAAUGCACUGUUUUCCCAGACAAGAAAUCAUCUCUUGGAGACUUAAAACUCUCUGUCUCAGACCUCACCAUGAUAUGUGCUCAAUACAUUCAAAAAGGCUGUCUCUUCACAACUCCAUCUCUCCCCUCUCAAACUCUCAUUCCUCAGCUUAUUGCUUCUCUCUCUAAAACCCUCUCUCUCUUCCCUCCACUCGCUGGCCGUUUCGUAACUGACUCCGACGGUUACAUUUACAUCUCAUGCAACGACGCUGGCGCUGAUUUCAUCCAUGCAACCGCCACUCACCUUACUAUCACCGACCUUUUGUCACCACGUGAUGUCCAUGCUGCCUUCAAGCAAUUCAUCCCGUUUCAUUGUAAAAUCAACUACUCCGCUCAUUUCUCACCAAUCUUGGCUAUUCAGGUCACUUACCUCGCCGACGGGAUCUUCAUCGGUUUUGCCGUAUCUCAUGCUGUCACAGACGGUACUACCGUCUGGAACUUCUUUAACACGUUCGCUGAGAUUUCCAGGGGAGUCACACAACCUACUAGAAUCCCUGAUUUCCGCCGGGAUUCUAUUCUGAACUCAAAAGCCGUCCUUCGUUUAUCGGAAGACGACAUCAAUCCGAACUCCAAAGCUGACGAUUCCGUACGGGAGAGAAUUUUCAGCUUUAGCCAGGAAGCAAUUCAGAAGCUAAAAGCGAGAGUGAAUCGCAACCGUACAUUACCGGCGGAGAUUUCGUCGUUUCAGUCACUCUCCGCUCUAAUGUGGCAAUGCGUUACACGCGCUAGAAAACUUGAGGGUAAUAAAAGAACGACGGUUAGAAUGGCCGUGAAUAUUCGUAACCGUUUGGAGCCGAAGUUAUCAGAGUAUUAUUUUGGGAACGCGAUUCAGAGCAUUGUCACGUUUGCAUCUGCUGGUGAUGUUAUUGAUAGAGAUCUUACGUGGUGCGCGGAGCAGCUGAAUAAGAAUAUUAGGGAGUACAAUAGUGAUGUGGUGAGGCGCGUCGUAGAGGAUUGGGAGCGCGAGCCGAAAGCUGUGAAGAUGGGGAAUCACGACGGUGGGAUAGUGCAGAUUGGUAGUUCGCCUAGAUUUCCUAUGUAUGAUAAUGAUUUUGGAUGGGGGAGACCGUUGGCGGUGAGGAGCGGUGGUGGAAAUAAGUUUGAUGGCAAGAUGUCGGCGUUUCCGGGGAGGGAAGGCGGCAACGCUGUCGACUUGGAGGUGGUUUUGGCGACGGAUACGAUGGGGAUACUUGAGAACGAUCCUGAGUUCUUGCUUUACGCUUCUUGUCAGCAAUGACACGUGUCAUAAUUUUGAUUGGCGGCGUAAAUGUCACUUCCUCUUUCAUUGGUCUGUUUCUGUUUUUUAAAUAUUAAAUAAGUUUUGUUGCAGAAUAAAAAUAAGUUUUGUUGCAGAAUAAGGAGUAAAACUGAGACGCUGUAACGGCUCUUUGCGAACCAUUGUGACCUAUCACCGUAUCACGUACAGGUACAACUUGUAUUAGGUUUGUACUUUGUAGCAUACUUUUUAACGGGUUCCUUGAAGUUGGAUACCGAUGUCACUUAAUUAAAGGGCGAUAAGUAUUUAAUUAAAUCUAUUGUUCAAACCA